GCUGGGCGGCGGGGAAGGGGCAUUUCCCGGUGCCGCGCCGCCGCCUCGCGGGGAGGUCGCGGGUCCGGCAGCGGCCCUCGGCCUGCAGUUUCCUCCUGAGGUGCCCGGCGCGGCCUCGGUGGGGGUUUGAAGAUGUCUAAAAAGAAACUGAAGAAAUUAAGUGAAAAAGAGGACAAUUUGGAUGGCCGGGAUGAUAAAAACUCUGAAGAUGCACGAUCUUAUAACCAUACUAUGAAAGGAGAAACAGAAUUUCAGAGAUUCAAAAUAGAGAAAGGUAUGCAAGAGAAGAAAAAAGACCAAAGUUCUGAUAUUUCUCGUGGUGUUGAUAGAAGGUCCCAAGGAAAAUCUCCAAACAGAAGUAAGACCACAGACAGUUUUUCAAUACCAACUGACAAGCGAAAGAGAAUAGUUAUACAAUUUAAACCUAAAGAGAUUAAACAUGGAAAAAGUACAAGCACUACUGAUGUGGCAACUACUAGUAGAGAAAGUCAUAACAAAGGUCAUCGUUUUGAUGGAACAGAAGGAAAAAGGUUCUGGCAUAGCUUUGCAGUCCAGAAGGACAAGGUGUUGAAAAAGAAGAGAGAGAAGGCUGAGUUCUGCAAACUAAAAACAAAAGCUGAACAAACCAUGUUGGAGAAGUUUAAGUCUGCUGCAUGCAAUUCACAGGUCCCAUGUAGAGCAUCAAAUGGGUCCAAAAAAUGGAGUGAAGAUGUUAGAACUCAGAAAAAGACAUCUAUCACCUCUAUAGAGACUGUAAAUGAUGAUACAUCUUCCACUAAAAAAUCACAUAUGUUAUCUAGGACUUGUGAUAAGGAGGAUGAAGGAGGAUAUAAGGAGUUUUCUAAGAAAAAUCAACGUAUUACUAAACAUACACCAUCUUACUAUUCAACUGAAACACCUAAACAACGGGACUAUCGUAAAGAGAAAAAACAAGACAUUGAUUCUGAUAAAGCUGCUGGUAAUACACGGACUGAUGGAGGGUGCUUCGAAGCUGCAGCUUUACGUUUUAAGCGGACUGUUGAGGUCCCGUGCACAUCUGAUUCCUACCAAGGCAGUGAGAACAUGAAGUCUACCCAAAAGAAUUUUGAAGCUUUUCCAUCCCAUCAAGGCAGUCAGAGCCCAGAAUCAGACCAAGAGAUGCAAAUAGUAGAAGAUUUGCAUGUUGCUCGCCUUGAAAAAAGGAUGGUGCUGUCUGUAGUACAGACUUGUGGAGAGCUUACAAGCAUGGAAAUAGAUCUCCCAGAACAGGAUUUAAGUAUUUCAGCUGAGGCUUCUACUUCUGGUCUGAACAUAUUAGUGGUGAUUGACACAAAUAUUAUGAUUAGUCACCUUGAGUUUGUGAGGUCCCUGAAAUCUGAAGAUAUACCAGGUGUUGGCAGGCUCGCAUUGAUAAUUCCCUGGGUUGUUCUACAAGAACUAGACAACUUGAAGAAGGGGAAAAUGUUACAGCAUGUUCGAGACAAAGCUAUCCCUGCAGUGCAGUUCAUCUACACAUGUCUUAAAAACCAAGAUUCAAAGUUGUGGGGGCAAUCCAUGCAGCUUGCUUCUCAGAAAAUAUAUGGCCUGAGUGACGAGAACAAUGAUGAUCGUGUUUUACAAUGUUGUCUGCAGUAUCAGAACCUCUUUCCUCAAGCUGUUGUCAUACUUUGCACGGAUGAUAAAAAUUUAUGCAAUAAAGCCAUUGUGAGUGAGGUAAAGGCAUUCUGCAAAGCAGACUUGGUUACUGCUCUACAAAAUCUGAAAAUAAACAGGCCCCAGAACUGCGUUGACCUGCAACAGUCAAAAUGUGAUACAGAAUUCCAGAAAACAGAAGGAGCUGCUAGUCUUACUGCUCAAUUCCCAAGUAUGCUUCUAGACCUUGAAAAGAAUUUAGGAGAAGCUUUAUCGUGUAUUUUGGAGACUGAAAUGAAAAUUGCGUUUGGAAACCUGUGGAUGGAGAUACUGUAUCUGAAGCCACCAUGGACAUUAGCAAGCUUGCUGCAGUGUUAUAAAAAACACUGGGUGGCUGUUUUUGGUUAUGUUGUGCCAAGGAGUUUACUUGCAACCAUUGAAUAUCUCUAUAAACACCUCUGUUCGGCUCAAACAGUUGACUCCUCAACAGCUGGUAUGUUGCUCCAGGAAUCCAAAAAACUGUUGCAUGCUUUCAGUUCAAGGUCAGACUAUAAUGGUGUGCUUCCUCAGGCUUAUGCUGAAGUCAGUAAGCUCGACCAAACAUUUUCAGAGGUGAAAUCAGACAGUGGACAGGAUGUAUCAGAAGAUACUAUGGUUCUUUCAGAAAACGCUGUAUGUGAAAAAAUGGAGGCAAUGACCCCAACUCAGCAAAAUUGUGAAGAAAAAAAGUUACAGCCAAGUACUCAGGAAGCUCAAGAAAACAGACACCGGGAAAUCUGGUCAGUCCUGGAAGGUGUAUGGAAUACAAUAAAUUUGUACAGUGUUGAAAUUUUCCAGAAGUUGGACCCUAAUACAGUAACUGUGACUGCAAAGUCUUCGUUUGAAGAAGCUUUUUUAGGUCUGCAAAAACUGAUAGCAGCUGUGAAUGAUAUUCUUGAAGGAAUUCGUAGAAUUCUGAACCCAAGCAGUACUUUCCAAGAUAUUUGGACCCUCUAUAACUUCCUCAUAAGCAAUGAGAUAAAUAACAGUAUAAAAUUUACUGCUGAGGAGCUUUAUGAAUGUGUUUCACAAGAAAUAUAUCGAGAAAGGCUAGCAGUCGGAUGCUGCCAGUUGGCUCAGCUGGAACAUACUAUUAAACAGUGCAACGCGUCUGCUCACAUGGAAGCCAAAAACAGGGGCUGGCUGUGAUACUUCAGGCAAGGUUUGGAGCUGUGGUGCUCGCCCGCUUCGCUUUCUUUCUCCAAACCAAGUACAACUCUGGUGGGGAAAGGAAAAGUAUCAGAGGAGCCCCAAAUUUGCCUUUUUUUUCCUCGAUGGUGCUGUUUUAUAUUUGUUGAGUUAAA